AUGUCUCUUCCGUCGGACACCGCGUGCGACAGCGAUUCGAGCAAUGAUUUCAGCGAUGUUUCACUCUACUUUCUCGAGGUAUUCUGAUGUUUAUUUGGCGUUUUGAACUUUUAUUUCAAUUAAGGAUGAGUUUGAUUCACCGCAGACUCCCUUGCCGACAAACGACUCGGCGCAGAUCUCAGAGAUUUCGGUCGAUAAAUGGGGCUUAUCAGGCGAUAGGGAAUUCGAACUGUUGGAACUAUCGACGAAUACGGAAAGACCCGAGACGUCCACGUCUUCUUUGUUUUCAUUUGUGACCGGCAAUGAGAACAUAGCGGUUUGCAUUCGAAUAAGACUUCAUUCGCGCAAUUGUGAUUUUCCAGCCACCGUCGCCGUUUGCAAUUCGACUACCGACAUUCACUGUUUCGGAAAACUCGGGAUUUUACAACUCUGAAAGUGCUUCGGAUCAAUUUGGCUCGUGGCUUGAGAUAUGCAGUCCACACGGCGGAACAUUCGCGGAAGCGGCCGCAGAAGAAUUGACGAAGAAUCCACGAAUUGUCCGCUCGGAGCCAGCAUUACCGUCGUUGUUCAGACGACGUGAAUACGGAGUGAGUGGAGGGAAAGGGAUCAUUUCGUAUUCUCGAAUCUUUCAGUGCGGAUACUGUCGCUCGAUCGGAUAUCGUGGAUGGGAAACGCACACUCGACAGAAGUGCGCGCAGUUGAGUCGUCUGGCACCGUGCAGAGUUUGUGGAGCAACUGGACCACUGAACCACACAGAGACGUGAGUGCUCACACAAAAAAUCUGUUUAAAUCGUAAUAAUUCCUCUUCUUUUCCAGGUAUUGCCCAGAAAAACCGUCGGUCGCUCUUCCGUUUCUCCAAGAAUUCAUAGAGGGAUCGGAAGAACGCCGUCCGAGUCGCAGCCAAGGAAUCUUCCACAAGUACUCGUCGCUCAUUAACCUCAUCUACCCGUGCCCUGACAUCCAAUUCUAG